AUACUCGUAACUACAAUUUGGUUUGCUCUAUUUUUAACAUCGGAUAUGAAUCAAGAUACUAACAUAUCGUUACUCCCGACUAACAUUAAUCCAGUCGUUAGUUUAUCAUGGAUGAACAAAACGUCAAAAUAUUAAUUUUUCCCCUAUCGAUGUUUCGGUUCCGGUCAAGAUCAGGGACCGUAUCGAUUGCACGGACUAACAACAUGAAACAUUCUCGUGAAAUUUUUACACGACCCGACUACCAUCACGAGAGCUUAUUAAUACAGAUGCAGCGAGCAGACAAAGUUAUUUUGGGCGUGUGCCUGUUAACCCUAAAAAGAGACCCUACGCAGACAUAGAUGAUUUUAAUAUUGCCCAUCACCCAUAGCCCCAACAUUCUGGGAUUAUAAUAUAUUAAUAAUAUACUAAUAUCAUUUAAACAUGGAUCCAGAUUCCACAGAGAUGGCAAACGAAGUCAAGAACAAAGUCAUACUACACUGGAACUGUCGAGGUCUUGUGGAGUUUCCAGAAGUAAUAAGAUCGCAUGGAAGUCAUAUUCAAGAGAUAUAUCUUAAGUGGAACAAACUUACCACCCUACCAUCCUGGAUCAUAGAACUGUUUAAUGUAACAAACUUAUAUAUGUAUGGCAAUUUGAUUGAACAAUUGCCUAUGGAACUUGGUCAAAUGAAUCAGUUGACUGUAUUGGAUCUAAGCGCCAACAAAUUGGAGCAAAUACCUUCCUGUAUUGGUAAUUUAAGCAAUCUAAAGUCCUUAUUCGUAAAUGACAACUUUGUAGAAAGAUUACCAGUUGAAUUGAGCAAACUGAGAAAUUUGGAAAUACUAUCUGUCUCCGGCAAUCAGAUUGUUGCGCUACCAGAAUGGGUUGGUUCCCUGCCAAGACUUAAAGAAUUGUAUAUAGAUAACAAUCAGCUAAGAGAAUUGCCUAACAGAUUGACAUUAGCUCCUGAACUUGCCAUGAUCUCUGUGUGUUCAAACAGGCUGAGAUAUUUACCAUUGAAUGGAUUUUUAUCAGCUCCUUGUAUUCGAUUUGAUGCAAAUGAAUACUUAAAUUAUGUGUCAUAUCCACUUCUACUUCAAUUACUUUCACAACUUCGGACGACGAUUGUACACGACAGAAACAAUUUAGCAUUUGGGUGUUUUAAAACGCAUUAUGACACUACUGUGUUAAAUACAAAUAUGAAAUUGUAUAUAGAGAUGAGGGGUUUGUAUGAAAUGGACGCCGAUGUUAUAAUCGAAUUACCACGACAGCUUUUAAAAAUUCACAAAGUUCAUGAAAAUACAACUUGUUCUCUGUGGGAAUUAGCGCUGCGAAGAAUUUAUGUCGAGCGAUAUAAACAUACACUCGAUGUGUUCACUUCUCCUCCGAACGUGACGAUAAUCUACGAAUCACUUCCUAAAAAUAUUAAAUUAGACUUUACAUUAUUUUCUACAAAUUAUACUUUAUACAAUUUAUUAGUGAAUGGACCUGCCAGUAUCUGUAUAAAUGCACAGUGUCAGCAACCUAUAUUUACAGAAGCAUGGAUCAUUAUCGGUAUCAGCCGUUACGCAGAAUCCAUGAUAAUGAUAGCUUUAUGUUGUAGCAAAAGUUGCGCUACUGCAUUUGCUACACACUCGAAUACGACUAUCAAGCUUCAUUGGCACUCAAUCAAUUGAUGAAUUUUCUUCAUUCAAAUAUUGAUACUUGAUGCAUUUUAAUCAAAUUAAUGCAUUUCUGUAUAUAAAAAAAUUAGGAAAAUAAAAAAUAUUCUUGUUUGUUGAAAUUUUGCAACAAUACUCUGUAAAUUAAAUCUCUAGUUUGCUAUGUAAUUAUAU